UUCUGCUGAGCUGAUCACUGGUUCCGAUACCACCAUCAUCAUCAUCAUCAUCAUCAUCAGAUCACCCUGUCUUUUCAGCUAUGACGUCAAAACAAACAACCCCACGUGACCUCCUGGUUCGGGCUGCUCAGAGUGGGUUGUGUCCUGCGUGUCCGGGGCGGUUCUGGUUUUAGACAGGCUGGGCUGAACCCCAGUUUAAACACCCGAACCGGUUCUGAUGGUUCUGCUGCUGAAAUGAGAGCGUUCGGAUCCAGAGGGACUUUCGGGCGUCACGUUCACGCGUGGAGCCUUUUCCACGAUGGGACGGAUACCUCUGUCCUAGGCUGAAGGACCGGACCCGGGUUCGGUUCUGGGGAAAGUUUGGAGCAGAACUUUGGGAAGAAUGAAGCCGAGAGACGCGCUGCGUGUCUGGCUGCUGAUCCUGGCUGCAGAGUCCAGCCGUGGGCUCCCCGCGGACCGGAACACGGAGUCCAGUCCUCAGAUCAGAGCUGAGGAGCAACCAGAUCAUCCCAGCCAGGAAAAGCUGCUGCAGAUGCUUCCUCCUCCAUCUUCCUCCACUUCCACACACCGCUGGGCUCAGCGGCAGGACCUCCACCCAUCACCUGCACCCGAGGGGGAGGAGCCUGGAGCCUUCAUCCUGGACCUGAGGAACUUCCCUGAUCUGGCCAAGGCUUAUGUGAGCUCCCAGAAUCCCAGCAUCCAGGUGACCAUCGAGGUGAUGGAGGACUCCCAGACCGAGGUGGAGAUGGACCUGGCCAAGGAGAACCAGCGCAGCGAUUGGUCCGUGUCGCCGUCUGAGUGGAUGAAGCUGUUCUGGCCGCUAUUCUGGGGGAGCGGGCCGGCAGGAACCGGACCUGAGGACUACGGCUACGACCCGACGGACGCUGUGCUGGGUGGAGUGGGAGCAGACGGCUGGAGCGAAGACGGGGAGGACAAAGGCGGCUUUGAGAAUGAAGAGUGGAGCGACUGGGCCCCGUGCAGCGCCACCUGCGGACCGGGAUCUCAAAAACGGACGCGGCCCUGCGGCUACGGCUGCACAGCAACAGAAUCGCGCACGUGUGACCUGCAGAGCUGUUCCAGCGCUGCGGUCUCAGACACCGAGGCGACGUCGCCCCACCGGUUCAACAACACCGACUCCAGCGUGGACAGCUGUGAAAAGUGGCUGAGCUGCAGGACCGAGUUCCUCCAGAAGUACCUCCAGCAGGUGCUGACCCAGCUGCCCUCUUGCCCCUGCUCCUACCCCUCCGAGGCCGUCUACGGCGCCAUCAGCGUCCCGGACCGCAGGCUGCGCAGGACGUACCGCUGGAGAGACGCCAGCGGACCCAAAGAACGGCUGGACAUCUACAAACCUUCGGCCCGGUUCUGCGUCCGCUCCAUGCUGUCCUACGACGGCCCGACGCUGGGGGCGCAGCACUGCUGCUACGACAACCAGAUGAGGCUGAUCACACGCGGCAAAGGCGCCGGAACGCCGGACCUGAUCGGCGCCGAGUUCUCCCCGGAGCUGCACUACCAGGUGGACGUCCUGCCCUGGAUCCUGUGCAAAGGAGACUGGAGCCGGUUCCACUCGGCCAGGCCGCCCAACAACGGGCUGACCUGCCCGGAGAACCCGGCCGAACCGGCGUUCCAGAUGGAGCUCAGAGAGGCCCGAGAGUACUGAAGGCCGGUUCCGAGAGACAGAACCAUCCGUCCAAACCUGAGCAGCUGUCUGUGUGUGUGUGUGUGUGUGUGUGUGUGUGUGUGUGUGUGUGUGUGUGUGUGUGUGUGUAGGAGCUUAUUUAUUAUCCAGGGAACAUUUCCUAUCAUAGAGUGGCUGAACAGGAAGCAUAUUCUGUGAACUGUAAAAUGUCUAUUAUUAUUAUGAGUGAAAAUAAGUCAGCGUCACAUAACACAAUAAUACUUGAAACAAAAAUAUGAAUUGUACUUCAAGCUCUUUUAUUUUUAUUACCACUGCUGCUAAAAUAACUAAUCAUUAUACUACAUACAACAUUUUUUUCAAGUUAUUUUAUUAUGUAAACCCAAACAAACUAGAAUAAAUUCUGGCAACAUUUUCCUGUUCAAUGCUUUGCUUCUUGGAGCCCUGACGUUAGCCCUGACGUUAGCCAGGCUACGUGCUCUGUUAGCCCUGACGUUAGCCCUGACGUUAGCCCUGACGUUAGCCAGGCUGCGUGCUCUGUUAGCCCUGACGUUAGCCCUGACGUUAGCCCUGACGUUAGCCAGGCUGCGUGCUCUGUUAGCCCUGACGUUAGCCCUGACGUUAGCCAGGCUGCGUGCUCUGUUAGCUCUGACGUUAGCCCUGACGUUAGCCCUGACGUUAGUCCUGAGGUUAGCCCUGACGUUAGCCCUGACGUUAGCCAGGCUGCGUGCUCUGUUAGCCCUGACGUUAGCCAGGCUGCGUUCUCUGUUAGCCCUGACGUUAGCCCUGAAGUUAGCCCUGACUUUAGUCCUGACUUUAGCCCUGACGUUAGCCAGGCUGCGUGCUCUGUUAGCCCUGACGUUAGCCCUGACGUUAGCCAGGCUGCGUGCUCUGUUAGCCCUGACGUUAGCCAGGCUGCGUGCUCUGUUAGCCCUGACGUUAGCCCUACGUUAGCCCUGACGUUAGCCAGGCUGCGUGCUCUGUUAGCCCUGACGUUAGCCCUGACGUUAGCCCUGACGUUAGCCAGGCUACGUGCUCUGUUAGCCCUGACGUUAGCCCUGACGUUAGCCAGGCUGCGUGCUCUGUUAGCCCUGACGUUAGCCCUGACGUUAGUCCUGAGGUUAGCCCUGACGUUAGCCCUGACGUUAGCCAGGCUGCGUGCUCUGUUAGCCCUGACGUUAGCCAGGCUGCGUUCUCUGUUAGCCCUGACGUUAGCCCUGAAGUUAGCCCUGACUUUAGUCCUGACUUUAGCCCUGACGUUAGCCAAGCUGCGUGCUCUGUUAGCCCUGACGUUAGCCCUACGUUAGCCCUGACGUUAGCCAGGCUGCGUGCUCUGUUAGCCCUGACGUUAGCCAGGCUGCGUGCUCUGUUAGCCCUGACGUUAGCCCUGACGUUAGCCAGGCUGCGUGCUCUGUUAGCCCUGACGUUAGCCCUAACAUUAGCCCUGACGUUAGCCCUGACGUUAGCUAUGCUGCGUGCUCUGUUAGCCCUGACGUUAGUCGGGUAAGUUUCCUUCGUAGACAAAUUUGCAAGUAGAAUCCAUGAAUAAACUGACAAAAACAACUUCAACCUUUCAGUUCAAUUCUUCCGAUUCUCACUUCCGAUCUGCAUCAUGACUCUUUGAAUGAUUAAGUGACGUAGUUGCAAAGGGUCAAUACUUGGUAUCCUCUUUGUCAUCAACGCUGUUUUAACCUGAACAAUGUGAUAUUAUCUGGAAGCCAUCUGGCUAAUGGCUCAAGGCUUCGUCUCAAAUAAAUACGAAUCUAUCUGAAUAAAAGAACAACACUAAUGUGUGUGUUGAUAACUGUAUGAAAAAAAGAUCUGUCAUAUUAUCCUCAGUAAAAUGCUUGGCUCCCUCUUAUCACCUGCAGAACGAGAUUUCUGGAGCCGCCCUGGUGACGGCUCACAAACUAGAAAAUACAAUUCAAAGAAAGCAUGCUGUCCUCUACUUAGUGCGGCGUGUCACUAAAAUUAUGUACCUAAACAAAACAACAAAUGAAACGUUGGUUUCACUCCAGAAACAUUUGUGUAACAUAACCACUAUGUUUGUUUCUUUUUGGAGUAAAUAUAUUAAAAAGUAAAAGUAGCAACCCGUCUUGUAGAACAGUUGUGAUUUUGGGAGAUAUGGGACUCCUUUACGGACAAAAUUUUCAUAUAUAAGGAACGGGAAUAUUUGGACAAUGAAUUAUUAAUUUUGGGUGCUGAUUCAACCCAACUGAUGGGAAUUUGUCCUAAAAUUGUUUUUGGUUUACUGAUCUAUAGAUCAGGAUAACUAUCAUUAAUUCUUUCUACUGUUUUUUUUUUUAAAUAAAUAAUGGUUGGUAAAAAUCUA